CGGGGCUCUGGCUCCUAGCUAUUCUCAGAGAUGGCGGCGAUUUCAGUGCCCGGUGUCACCAGGAGAGGCCUCACGUGGAUUAUCACAGGGGCCCCACGUCGAGAAUUUUGGUCUCGAUCCAGAGAAGAGGAAAAGCCGGUGGUAGCUGAGACAGUAGAAGAGGUGAAGAAAGAACCGAUCCUGGUGUGUCCACCCUUACGAAGCCGAGCAUACAUACCACCUGAAGAUCUCCAGAGUCGCCUGGAAUCUCAUGUCAGAGAAAUUUUUGGCUCAUCCGCUCCUAGCAAUUGGCAGGACAUCUCUCUGGAAGAUGGGCAUCUGAAGUUUGGUUUCUUGGCACGUUUAGCUGAUGACUUGGGCCAUGCAGUGCCUAACUCCAGGCUGUGUGAGAUGAGCAGUGUCAGAGAUGUUCUUGAUUUCUAUAAGGUUCCCAUUCAAGACAGAUCUAAAUUUGAUGAACUUAUUGCCAGUAAUCUGCCUCCCAAUUUAAAAAUCACUUGGGGUUACUGAGCCGUUCAGAAGAGGAGCUCACUGAAAUCAUUUUUUUCCCCUGAGCGAGGAGGCUAUUUACCAGACUGUCUGAUGCUUUGCCACGUGAAAUGCUAUCAGAACUGUUCUCUAAAACCAUGUUUCUUGUGAAAGAAUGCAUUGUUUUUUUUCCUCAUAGCAUCAUGAAUUGACAAAUAACAGGAUUUUCUUUUUCACAUUUGCUGACACUUUUUUGAAUGGAAUCAGGUCAUGAAUAAUUUAUGAAAAUUUUCUUCUCCAGAGGACACUGUAAUUUAACUUUGGUUUAAGAUAUGAGGCUAUUACAUGUUCAGACAUAGUCUUGAUAGGCAAGAAAAUGUUUUAAUCUUGUUAACAUUCUUAAAUCUAAAGUAGAAGAGUUGUCAUGGGCCACACAUUAAAUACAUUGAAACAUGUAAUCACAGAAAAAUUUCAUAAUGUUUUAAGUAAAUUCACGAUUUUGUGUUGGGCCAAAUUCAUAGCCAUCCCAGCUGCAUGCAGCCCGUGGGCCGCAGGUUGGACACCCCGGAUAGUAUACAAACAAAUAAGGGAACAGGUUAGACAUUUAUAAAAAAAAAGAAAAGUAUGUUUAUUACAGAAAUACGUUUCACUGUUUACUGCACAAAUAGAAAUAGUAGAAAAUGAUUCUGUUCAUUCUGGAGUAAUCUGUUUUGGAAUUAAAUUUGGUUUUUUGAAAUGUAUGUGUUUUUAAUUUUUUAAGGUAAAAUUUGUUUUUCUGCCUUGCCAUUUCCUUAGUUUCAAGUAUUAUAAAUGAAGAAAUAAAAUAUGUGCCAAUUAUUAAGUGCUGUGACUUUUUCUGUAAUGAGAUAUACCAGAUUCUAUAAAUAAAUAUUUUCUUCAAAGGA